AUGCAGUGGUUACUUAAAUUCGCAGCCGGAGCGCUUCUAGCUGUCUCAACCGUUGUCGCAACGUCCGACGGAACAGCAUCGCCAAGAACCGCGAAUAGAAGAUAUAUAGAAGAACGAAAUGGGGUACAUUACAACGUCUUCGAACAUGUUGCCACGCGAUCCAAGUUAUCAUUCGUCAAGAACUCGGGAAUAUGUGAAACCACGCCAGGCGUCAACCAGUAUUCGGGAUAUCUCACGGUGGGCGAGAAUAUGAACAUGUGGUUUUGGUUCUUCGAAGCUCGCGAGAAUCCUCAAAAGGCUCCCUUGGUGGCAUAUUUAGACGGCGGCCCGGGCGCUGCUUCAGAGUAUGGGCUCUUCACGCAAAUUGGACCUUGCCACUUUGUCAAUAACGAGACAACACCGUCAUUGAACCCAUAUGCCUUCAACAACUAUGCCAACAUGCUCUAUAUUGAUCAACCCAUAGGCGUGGGCUUCUCAUAUGGAAACGAGACCACCACUGAAUAUGAAAAUCGAGAUUUCGGCGUCGUCACCGAAUCGUACGGAGGCCAUUAUUUACCCGAAUUCACACGUUAUAUUUUGGAGCAGAAUGAUGCGGUUAUUCGAGGAGAUCUCCAAGGCGAAGAAAUCCGUAUGGUGGGUGUAGCCAUUCACAACGGAUGGUUCGACGCCGCAAUCCAAGAAAAGUCCAACAUCGAGUACAUGUACAAUAACUCGUACAGGCAAAUCAUCAAUGAGUCAUUCCAUGACGAACUCUUGGACAAGUACAACACGACUGUCAAACCUGCGCUGGACCUUUGCCAUACCAGCGGUACGAAUGCCAAUUGCUUUGCCGCUUAUACGUCGUACUCGAAUACGAUCGAGUUCCCGAUACUAGCUGUUUUCAGAGAGAAAUCUUCUAACGGGUAUUAUCUGGGUGACAUCCGUGAGCCGUAUUCGAGACCCCCUUCGACACAUGUCGAGUAUCUGCAAAGAUCAGAUAUCCAGAGAGCUAUUGGAGCGAAGGCAAACUAUACGGAUCAAGCAGGGGAGAUUGGGUUCUACUAUUCUGGUGAUGAUGCGCGCUCAUUCAUACCUCAGCUCUCGGAUAUUGUACAAGCUGGCAUCAAGGUCCUCAUCUGGACUGGUGACGCCGACUACGUCUCGAAUUGGUACGGUACACUUGACGUGGCACAUGCCGUCGAAUGGUCCGGAAAAGACGAGUUCGCGACCAAGACGCUAGAGCCGUACACCCUCAAUGGGGUAGAGAAGGGAACGUUUAAAUCUGUAGAUAACUUCACCUUCAUGCGUAUAUACGAGGCAGGACAUAACGUACCGUUCUAUCAACCGGAAGCCUCGUUACAGAUUUUCAGGCAAUUCAUGGAGACGGGUAAUGUGAAUCCUACAUGA